AUGACGGGCGCCAGGAGCAUCCUCGGCUACAAGGGCGGCCGCGUCGUCCCCUACCGGGAGUCGGACGCCAGCGUCCGGGAGCGCUGCGCCGCCAGCGCCCUGCCCGUGCCGAGCCUGCCAGACGCGCCGCAGGGGGUGGCCACUUGGGAGACGGUGCGGGUCUGCCUCCGAGAGCUGCUGAGCCGCGCGGGCGGCGAGAUCAAGUUGCCCAACGUGAAGCGGCUGUUCCGGUCGGAGUUUGGCGUGCAGCUGAGCGAGACGGCGCUGGGGCACCAGAGGGUCCAGGACCUCCUGCAGGACCCGCGGCUGUGCGACGUCUGCGUGCUCCACAGGCGGGAGUCGGUGCACAUGGUGCUCGCGGUCGAGCCGCCGGCGGGCCCCCUGAUCCUCAGCACGACGCCGCCCGCCGGCGCGGCUGCCGCGCCGCUGGCACCGCAGCUGCACGACGCCGAUCGGGGAGAUGCGCCCCCGCGCGAGGCCUUCGUGUUUGGGGAGUUCGGGCCCCCGGGCGGCGCUGAGCCGAUGCUGCAGCCUGCGGCGCUGCACGCCUCCGAGGCCGCCUUCGCGGCCCUGCCGGCGCCGUCCUGCCAGGGGCUCGUCGGCGCGAUGCUGCCCGCCAUGCCGUGCCAGGGCGGCCUGGAGGUGCAGGCCCAGGAGGAGUGGAAGCGAUGGGCCCACGGGGGCGAGGAGGAGAAGAAGAUGGACAGCCCGUGGGACUACGGGGGCAGUGGCGACAGCUCGUCGAGCAGCACUGCCGACCGCUCGCGGGUGCCCAGCGACGACGGCGAGGCCACGUGCCCCAUCUGCCUCGUCCCGAUGUCGGAGGCAGAGGAGCGGUUCAUGGAGAGCCCAUGGGUUUUGCUUCCAGCUUCGCCGCCGGCCUCAUUGAGGGCAAGCAGCAGCGGCAACAUCCCUUACGUCGCAGCGGGCCUCUCUGGCGCGCUGGGUGGUCGCCCCGGUCGCUUCGCCGCGUUGCUGGAGGCGGAUGGAACUACCGAGACCUCCAAUGCCUCCCUGCACGUGCCCGACAUGGAGUCGGCCUCGCGUUCUGCUGCAAGGAGGCCAUGCAGCUCGCUGCCACCAUCCCUCCGGCUGGCUCCCAGCGCGGCGGAGCGCCGCCCCGCCGAGCCGUGA